ACAAUUCUAGGAGAGCUUUUAAAGAAGUCACAACAGAAGAAAAAAUUAUCACUAAUUAAUUACAAGAAAAGCUUGUUUGUUCAGAUGAGAGCAAAACUUUCUUAUUAUGAAUAUGACAAAAGGAUAAGAAAUAGAAAAAAAGGAUCAAUUGAGAUAGAGAAAAUACAAUGUGUUGAAACAGUGAAUCUUGAGGAAGCACCACCUCCUGCAAGACAAUAUCCUUUUCAGGUUAGCCAUGAAAUCUGUUUCAUUUACAUUUCAUAUGUGAUUCUUCAUUGUACAACUGUGUCUCUAAAACCACUGCCUCCAGUCCCUCAAAUGCUGUGGAAGCAUAGAAGCGUGCCUCAAGUGCCAUCACCAGACAAGUCAGUCCUUAAUAUGGCUGUGGCAAAGUGCAACUAUGAACCCAAAGGAAAUUCAGCUAUCCACCUUGUCAGAAGCAAAAAAUGCUAUGUAUUGCAAGAGGAAGAUUCUGACUCAUGGAAUGCAAGGGAUUUAGAAGGAAAUUAAGGUUUUGUACUGAGCACUUACUUGAGGAAGAUAUCUCUGAGUGAUGAUGAGCCAAUGGAAAACUCCAGGGUCAGUGAACAAGCACUGGCAGAGCAGAAUAUCGUUAAGCAUGAUUGGUAUGCUGAUAGUAACUCCUGUGGCCAGCCUGAGCAGCUGCUCCAUAAGGAAAAAGAAGGCACUUUUAUGGUUCGGAAAUCUAGCCAAGCAAGCAUGUAUACUGCGUCUGUGUACAACAAGCUUCCAAAUAAAAAGGGAACAGUCAGACAUUACCAUAUGCACAAAACUCCUGAGAACAAGUAUUACCUUGCUAAAAAUUACUUUGAAUCAAUUCCCAAGCUUGUACACUACCAUCAGCACAACUCAGAUGGAUUCGACACUGGGUGCCGGCAGCCUGGAGAAGCUGCUCCAGAACCAGGCUCAGGGACCUCAGCUGAAGUAGAGACACUGGGGCCGUUGGGCCCUGCUGGCGCAGAGGCCUAUUUUGACUGGCCCCUGGCAGCUCUCUGCAGACAGGAUGGCAUACUGCCCCAGCCCAUCCAGGACCUGCUGGUUCUGCUGAAAAAGCAUGGGACAUCCAGAGACGAGAUCUUCCGGUGGGCAGCCAGCGAGCAUGCCUCCUGUGAGAUCAAGGAGGCCCUCAACAGUGGGGUUGAAGUCCACCUUGGGAGCUGGCCUGUGCUGCUGCUGGCUGCCAACUUCAAAAUGGUGCAGCUCAUUCAGUUUGUCAUUGAACACCAGGAAGAACUCCUUGUGGAGGAGGUGGCUGGGCUGGCCAGCCAGGGGGAUGAGGAGCCAUCAGCACUGCAGAUGGCACCAGAAACAGCAGAGGUGCCUCCCAUCACUCCCAAAAGUGAACACCUGAAGAGCUCUUCCAGAGAGAGAAAGUAUGUUCUGGAUGACCAGUAUAUAAGCUCACUAGGAACCAAGUUUCCAGUAAAGUGAUCAGCACCGGAAGUUUUUCAUUGCAUCAAAUUUAGCAGCAAUUCAGAUGUAUGGGCCUUCGGUAUCUUAAUGUGGGGCAUCACUUUGGGAAAGCACCCCUGCAAGGUUUGUGAUAACAGGAAGGUGAUCGAGAAAGUUUUUCAAGGAUACAAAAUUUAUAGACUGCAACUGGUUCCGGACAUCAUCUACCAGAUAAUGUACAACUGCUGGCAUGAGCUACCAGAAAAGUGCCCUGCCUUUUAUCAGCUUUUAUCUUUUUUUGAGGCACUGAGAGAAGACAACAGAACUUGA